GGCGGCGGCGGCGGCGGCGAUGCUGUCGGGCACCGAGACGGCGGCAGCAGAGUGCGAGGAUGCGGAGCUGCGGUGCCGCGUGGCCGUGGAGGAGCUGAGCCCCGGCGGGCAGCCGCGAAAGCGUCAGUCCCUGCGCACCGCGGAGCUGAGCCUGGGUCGCAACGAGCGCCGGGAGCUGAUGCUGCGGCUGCAGGCGCCGGGGCCCGCGGGGCGACCGCGCUGCUUCCCACUGCGCGCAGCGCGCCUCUUCACGCGCUUCGCCGCCGCCGGGCGCAGCGCGCUACGUCUCCCUGCCGACGGCGCUCCCCGGCCGGGCGCCGGCGCCGUGCAGCUGCUGCUCUCCGACUGCCCCCCAGACCGCCUGCGCCGCUUCCUACGCACGCUGCGGCUCAAGCUGGCAGCGGCCCCAGGGCCCGGGCCCGUUUCCGCCCGCGCGCGGCUGCUCGGCCCGCGGCCCCGAGACUUCGUCACCAUCAGCCCCUUGCAGCCCGAGGAGUUACGGCGCGCGGCGGCCACCCGGGCGCUGGACACCACGCGGAUGAAGUUGCCCGAGAAGCCCCAGACUGGGGCCGGGCACAGCAAGGAAGCCCCAAGGUGGCCCCUGCCUGUGAAGAGGCUGAACUUGCCCCCCAGCAAGCCCCAGCUUUCUGAGGAACAGGCCGCUGUGCUGAGCGUGGUGCUGAAAGGCCAGAGCGUUUUCUUCACUGGGAGUGCAGGGACAGGGAAGUCCUACCUGCUGAAGCGUAUCCUGGGCUCACUGCCCCCCACAGGCACUGUGGCCACCGCUAGCACUGGGGUGGCAGCCUGUCACAUUGGGGGCACCACCCUCCACGCCUUUGCAGGCAUCGGCUCCGGCCGGGCCCCCCUGGCCCAAUGUGUGGCCCUGGCCCAGCGGCCAGGCGUGCGGCAGGGCUGGCUGAGCUGCCAGCGGCUGGUCAUUGAUGAGAUCUCCAUGGUGGAAGCGGACCUAUUUGACAAGCUGGAAGCUGUGGCCAGAGCUGUCCGGCAGCAGGACAAGCCCUUUGGAGGGAUCCAGCUCAUCAUCUGUGGGGACUUCCUACAACUGCCACCUGUGACCAAGGGCUCCCAGCCCCCGCAGUUCUGUUUCCAGGCCAAGAGCUGGAGGAGAUGCAUUCCAGUGACCCUGGAGCUGACUGAGGUGUGGAGGCAGGCGGACCAGGCCUUCAUCUCUUUGCUGCAGGCUGUGAGGCUGGGCAGGUGCUCAGAUGAGGUAACCCACCAGCUCCGGUCUACAGCUACCCACAAGGUGGGGCGGGAUGGGAUUGUGGCCACGAGGCUCUGCACCCACCAGGAUGAUGUGGCCCUCACCAAUGAGAGGCGGCUGCAGGAGCUGCCAGGCAAGGUGCACAGCUUUGAGGCUAUGGACAGUGACCCGGAGCAGGCCCAGGCCCUGGAUGCCCAGUGUCCUGCUAGUCGGCUCCUUCAGCUAAAGCUGGGGGCCCAGGUGAUGCUGGUGAAGAACCUGGCGGUGUCUCGGGGCCUGGUGAAUGGGGCCCGAGGGGUGGUCGUUGGGUUUGAGACCGAGGGGAGAGGGCUGCCCCAGGUGAGAUUCCUGUGUGGAAUCACUGAGGUCAUCCGGGCUGACCGCUGGACGGUGCAGGCCACUGGGGGCCAGCUCCUCAGCCGGCAGCAGCUACCCCUCCAGCUGGCCUGGGCGAUAUCCAUCCACAAGAGUCAGGGCAUGUCCCUGGAUUGCGUGGAGAUCUCUCUGGGCCGGGUGUUUGCCAGUGGCCAGGCGUACGUGGCCCUCUCCCGGGCCCGUAGCCUACAGGGCCUGCGUGUGCUGGACUUUGACCCCAUGGUGGUAUGCUGCGACCCCCGUGUGCUGCGCUUCUAUGCUGCCCUGCGGCGGGACAGGGGGCUCAGUCUGGAAUCCCCAAAUGACGACGAGGCAGCCUCAGACCAGAAUGUGGACCCGAACUUCUGAGUGCAGCCCCAAAGAGAAGAAAAAGAGUCUCCCCAUCCUCCUGCUCCCUGGUGGGGCAAGGCCUAGGGAGCAACGGGAGGAGGGUGGCCAGUGUCCCUCUCCCCUUUCUUUAGGGGCUCUCAGU